AUGGAGAUCUGGGUCCGCUCUGUUUUGUCUUGCUGUAUCUUCAUGGCUGCCAUGCUUGCCGCUGCGGCCGGGACUGGAGGUGGAGCGCUCUACAUACCAGGGUACGUGGUGGCUCUCCGAGAUGUGCACAAAGCGGUUCCUCUGUCCAAAGUAACGAUUUUCGGAGCUUGCUUGGUCUCCGUUCUUUUCAAUCUGGGGCGCAAGCAGCCGUCGGGCAACUUGCUCCUCAUCUCGUACGAAUUGGCUGCCAUUCUCGAGCCCUUCACACUCAUGGGAGGCGUGCUGGGAGUCCUCCUCAACAUCGUCAUGAGCGAUAUUCAAAUCAUUUGCUGUCUCGUCGUCGUGCUCUCCUUCACGACCUAUAAAACCACCCGACGAGGAAUUAUCCAGUACCAAACGGAGUCGCGCCUCCUCGCCGAGAGAGCCGCCCGUCUUUCCCCGAUGGAUCGGCAGCCUCUGUCUGCAUGGGAUCGCGAAGGAGAAGAAGAGACAUCGUCUCUGUUGGCCGGCGACGAGCCGCGUUCGACGGUGCCUGUGUGUACCGGGAACUUCCUUGCGGUCUCUUCGCUAGCAGAAAUGAUGGAGACACCGCAAGUGCUGCUGGACCCGCUUCCGGAUGAUUCUGGAGACAGGAGGCCCCAGCUGGCUGCGAAGGGCGAGGCGCUUCUUCCGGCGUCUCCGGACGAAAAUGCGGUCCUCGUGAGGGAGAGAAAAGAGCUCUUGGAGGCGAAGCGUCACCCGUCCUGGAUAAGUCUGGCGUACCUGAUUUUCGACGUGGCGGUCAAUACCCUGUGUCUCCUCGGCGCCGGAGGCCCGAUUGCGGUGGUAUGCGGCGAACCCUGGCAGCAGGCUCUGAUUUUCUUCCUCAUUUCCUUCCACGUCUUUGCGACCGCGCUCUACGCGCGCUGGCUGCUCAAGUCGAAGCGACGGAGAGAACAGCUGGGAAUUCGAGAUGAAGACGUGGAGCACGGCGGCCUCGGCUGGGUCUCAGCGCGUACGGUCGUUCUCUAUCCAUUUUUGUCGCUCCUGGCUGGGGUCGCCGCCGGCUCUCUCGGAAUCGGCGGCGGGUUAAUCAAGGGGCCGUUGCUCCUGGAAAUCGGUCUCAACUCGCUGUCGGCUGUGACGACGGCGAACUUUAUGAUUUUUUUCACUUCUUCCGCAAAUGCGCUGCAAUACGCGACGCUGGGCAGACUGAACUUUGAAGAUUCGAUAAACUUCUUCCUCGUCGCUGCCGCCGCCGGGGCCGUCGGUCUCAUGUGCGUCACAAAGGCGCUCAAACGAACAAAGCGACAAUCCUACCUGACACUCCUGCUCGCCUUCACCACCCUUCUCAGCAUGGUCUGCAUGCUCUUCUCCUUCGGCUACCACCACUUUCGGAAUGUUGUCACCGGAAAAGAGAAACCGCUAACGAUUGAAGACGCAUGCCAGGAACGGCAUCGACUCCUUUUUGUGCACUCAUAA